AUGACAGUAACGGGUACAGCUAAGUUCAUCCCGGAGUCUAUCCCUGUGUUGGUCGUGGGUGCUGGUCCCGUUGGCCUUUCUCUAGCUAUUGAGCUACGGCUGCGUGGAAUCGAGGUUGCAGUCAUAGACAAAGAUCUGGAGAUCUUGAACGGACAUCCAAAGGGCCGCUCAAACGAUCUUCGUACUUUAGAGCACUUCCGUCGCUGGGGCGUCAGUGAUGAAUUACGCAAGUGGGCCUGGCAGCCGCCAAAUCCCAAACAGCAGCUGGCUAUCACAGAAUCCCUUGUGCGGCGACCACUCGGUGCAUUUCCGCUUCGAUAUGGCAGGGAUGUGGACGAGUCACGAGAUCUAGCAGCAGAACCGUCCCUCAGUGUGCCCCAGCCUAUCACCAUGCGAGUUCUGCAAAAUCGUGCCAUUCAAUUAGGAGCCUUUAUUUUCCGAGGUUGGAAAGCAGCGUCGGUUCAACAGGAUGACAAGUGUGUCAUGGUUGAGCUCCACUCCCCAGAUGGCGGUAUUCGUUGGGUUACCUCUAGCUAUACCAUUGGAUGUGAUGGUCCCGGUAGCUUGCUCCGAAAGUCUGCAGGGAUCAAGCAAAAAGAUACCGAUCCUAUUGGACAAAACUUGAGCUACGUGCUCUCCCGCUCACAAUGCCCUGGGAAUGCUCCUCGCACAUCCUCGAUAAUCAGCAUCCUCGGGGAGGAGAAUUGGGGCUACAGUAUUAUGGUUCCCGAUGGACAAGUUCUCGCUGAAGAUGAGGUUCUGGUGUUUACUCGCGUGGGUGAGUCGUAUCAAACUCGUCAACUCUUCAUCGCAGGUGAUGCCUCUCAUCUGUGUCCUCCGACAGGGGGAUAUAACAAGAACGUUGGUAUCGGUGAUGCAGUCAAUCUUGCCUGGAAGCUCGCUGCAGUUUUAAACAGCUGGGGAGGGGAAAAAUCGCUGCAAACUUAUGACAUUGAGCGCCGGCCUGUGGGAGAACGGGUUUCUCAAUCAGCUAUGGAUCUCAGCCAUUCUUUGAGAAGGGUGGCUGAAAUUUUCAAGGAACUACCCUCUCUAGAAAGCAGGACAAGCGAAGAGCAACGAUUUCGAAGGGCCCAGCUUGCCUAUGAAAUGAGCUACCCAGAAUGGAACACCAUUGGGUUUUCACUCGAUCAGCGCUAUGAUACGUCGCCCAUUAUCAUUACUGAUGAUUGGGAGAGUGCACCAUAUGACGGAACCAGGCUCUGGCACUAUGCGUCGCCUGGUCAUCGCGCACCACAUCUGUGGCUUACCGACGGUUCGCCUUUACUGGAUCAUUUUGGAAGGGAGUUUACACUUCUGGACGUAGGAGCUGUGGAAGAGAAUGUCGAGAAUAUACUCAGCGCCGCUCGUCAAAUUGGAAUACCCUUGAAGAGGCUACAACUGCCUGUAUCAGUUGCUCGAACGAAAUAUCCAGCGGAGAUUACGAUUAUUAGACCUGAUCAGUACAUAGGUUGGCAGGGAUCUCAGUGCGAUGAUCCCUUAUUGAUGAUUGAUAAGAUCCGGGCGCAUGAUUGCCAUGGUCUGACUGCGGGGGUUUGA